GAUUUGAAGACUAUGGCCCAGACUGUGACAGCAUGAGGGUGACAGCCUUCUUGGACAUCCCAGGCCAGGAUAACCUGCCCCCCCUCACUCGCCUGGAGAAGUAUGCUUUCAGCGAUAACGUCUUCGACCGUCAGAUUAUUGCCAGAGGGCUACUUGAUAUCUUCAGGGACUUCGGUAAUGAUGAAGAAGACUUCUUAACGGUCAUGGCAAUUGUGGUCAGAUUGUCAGAAGAUGCAGAGCCCACAGUGCGGACUGAGCUGAUGGAACAGAUUCCUCCUAUUGCCAUUUUUUUACAAGAAAACAGGUCAAAUUUUUCAAAGGUGUUCUCCGAAUAUCUCAUACCUAUUGUAGUGCGGUACCUCACCGAUCGAAACAAUCAGGUUAGAAAGUCAAGCCAGGAAGCGCUCUUGAUUCUUCUGGAGCAGGAUCUGAUUUUCCAGCACGAUAUUGAAAACAAAGUGUGUCCAAUCCUGCUGGCGCUCUCUGCCCCAGACAGCGACGACGAAUGCAAAACAGAAGCUGUGAACAUCAUCUGCAAACUGGCUUCAGUGCUGAGCAAGAGCACAGUGGAACGCCUGCUGCUCCCUCGAUUCUGUGAAUUAUGUGGUGAUGGGAAGCUCUUUCAAGUUCGAAAGGUAUGUGCUACAAAUUUUGGUGAUAUUUGUCACGCCGUUGGACAAGAAGCAACUGAGAAAUUUUUGAUCCCAAAGUUCUUUGAGCUCUGCUCAGAUAAUGUGUGGGGGAUGCGAAAGGCCUGUGCGGAGUGCUUCAUGGCGGUGUCCUACAACACAUCCCCCGAGGUGCGCAGAGCGCAGCUGUCCCCUCUCUUCAUCCGCCUGGUCAGCGACUCCUGUCGAUGGGUGCGCCAGGCUGCCUUUCAGUCCCUGGGCCCCUUCAUUUCCACCUUUGCAAACCCCUCCAGGGCUGGCCUCUAUAUUCGAGAGGAUGGCACCCUGAGCAUCAGGUCAUCAGCUCAGAGUGCGGGGUCCAGCUUCAUGUGCAGGUCAGCCGGUGCCCGCAACUGUGUUGACGCCACCUCAGCCUGUUCAACACAGCCAGGGCAGAUAGAGCCACAUCCACCCAUGGGAGGCCCAUCAGGGGGCACCAGUGGUUUCCUGCACAUCAAGAGCUCCUAUGAUGGCCCGAUGGAAAACCCAAUGGAGGACUCCGGCCUGACUGGAGCUGAGGUGACCAGUGCCUUCUCGAAGCUCCCUCAUAUUAACAACCUCCCCAUCAGCAGUCACCCUGCACCUGAUUCCUGGGCCUGCCCAGGGAGUCCUGAGGAUGCAUUCGGUAAUUUCCUUUAUUGGCGAACUCCUCUCCCUGACAUAAGCCAGGACUUGGAGUUGCUUCUGAGUGCGGCUGGGCCGCAGGAAGAAGGCCGCUGCAGAUCUGAGCCUGUGUGUGGCAGCUAUGUGGCCAGGAGUGAGAUUCAGAAAGUCCUCGACAGUUUGCAGGAGCACAUGAUGAAUGAUCCAGAUGUUCAAGCUCAAGUUCAGGUGCUAUCAGCUGCACUGAGGGCCGCACAGCUGGACUCUGUGAGUGAGCCCGAGCACCCACUGGCAGACAGUCUGAGUGCAGUGUCCCUUUCAGAUCCCAGGCCGGCCUCUGACAGCUGGCUGGCUCCGUCGGCCUCAUCCCUGCAGAGUGAGCCCUCUGUGGCCAGGAUGUUACCAAGCACAAAUCCAGGCGAGCCCUGCCCUGGAACCCGUGACCAUCUGGGGACCCAGCAGAGGCAUGACCCCGUCCCACUUGAGGAGAAUAAAUCUAAACUACAGGAUAUUAUUCCUCAGCCCCUAUUGGAUGAGUAUGUGUCGAUGACCGACCCAGCUCGAGCCCAGACUGUUGAUAGCGACAUAGCCAAGCACUGUGCAUACAGCCUCCCAGGGGUGGCGCUUACGCUGGGCAGGCAGAAUUGGCACUGCCUGAAGGAUACAUACGCAACGCUCGCUUCCGACGUGAAGUGGAAGGUACGUCGGACCCUGGCCUUCUCCAUCCAUGAGCUGGCUGUGAUUCUCGGGGAUCAGUUAACAGCUGCUGACCUGGUACCCAUCUUCAAUGGAUUUUUAAAAGACCUGGACGAAGUACGAAUAGGAGUUCUUAAACACCUGUAUGAUUUCCUAAAGUUGCUUCAUGAAGACAAGAGGAGAGAAUAUCUUUAUCAGCUUCAAGAAUUUGUAGUGACCGAUAACAGCAGGAAUUGGAGGUUUCGAUAUGAACUAGCAGAGCAGCUGAUACUAAUUUUGGAACUCUAUAAUCCCAAUGAGGUUUAUGAUUAUUUAAUGCAUAUUGCCUUAAAGCUGUGUGCAGAUAAAGUUUCUGAAGUGCGGUGGAUCUCCUUCAGACUAGUUGUGGCAAUUCUGCAGAAAUUCUAUUCAAACAGUGAAAGUGCUUUGGGGGUAAAUUUCAUCAAUGAACUCAUCCUAAGGUUCCGGCACUGUUCGAAGUGGGUUGGAAGGCAAGCUUUCGCUUUCAUUUGCCAGAUAUUGAUUGAGCACCUACUAUUGCCAGACAUGCUCUUGAUGCUGGAGACAAGCUCCUGUCCUCCCAGCACCUUCCAUCGUGAGGCAGUGGUGAGUGAGGAGUGUAUCCCUGUGGACCAGUUUGUUGAACACUUACUCCCCAGCCUUCUAAGCCUUGCCUCAGACCCUGUGCCCAAUGUCAGGGUGUUGCUCGCCAAAGCUCUGAGGCAGACACUCUUGGACAAGGCGUACUUUAGAAAUGCCGGCCACCCUCAUCUUGAAAUCGUUGAAGAGACCAUCUUAGCUUUGCAGUCAGACCGGGACCAAGAUGUCUCCUUUUUUGCCACGCUGGAGCCAAAGCGGGGGAAUCUUGUGGACACUGCCAUGCUGGAGAAACGGAAUUGAGCUCUGGGAUCGCUCACAAUCGCUCCUUCUGUACUUGGGGCAUAUCUCUUAUGUAAUCAGACCUGCUGAGGGAGGGAAACUUCUGAAACUCUGACACCACACAGUCAAAUGACCCCUUUCCCACAUGCAGUCACGGGACUGCACCUGGGACCGGUCUGUGCCAUGCUUCUGCGCCCCACCUACCUGAUCCAGGGUCUGAAAGGUCCUAGAACCAGGUGGUUAACUGGGUGUGGGGGCCUCCACAGCCUCAGGUUACUCGUAAGCAGUUUGUUUUCUCUAUGAUAGACUAUAUUAUUUAAAGCCUCCCCAAAUAUAGUAGUUUAUUAGAAGUUUUUCAGUCUUUAAAGACUUGCACAUUUGGCUGCCUUAUGCUUUCCUAUAAAAUGUAGUUUAUGGUAUUAUAUUUUAUUUUUAACUGAAAUACUGUACAUAUGUAAAUAACUCUUGACAGGAAGAAAAGAUAUUAAUGUAAUAUUAGCCUCCUAUCAUUGAACAAAACAAAUACAUCAUUUAAAUUUAUGCUCCACUUUGAGUUGUGGCAAAUAUAGCCCAAUUUGUUUACUUUUGAAAAAUGUGAUAGUUAAAGAAAUCUACUAAAGAAUGAUUUGUGGCAAUCUUUUGUAUGUUUGUUAUAAACUCUGUUUGGAACUUUUCUUCAUCCCCUCCCCUUCUUGCAGGACUGUAGCCAUAGCUGUGUUGGUCUUUGAUAGAGGCAUGUUGCAGAAGGAAUUCAUUUUUAGGUGGAUAUAGUAUCAUAUGCUUAAGAACUCAGGAAGGAAAUUGGUCAUUGAGAUGCAUGGACAUUGCCUUUAUACUUAAUGCUUUAGAAUCUUAACAACAAAAAAAAUAGGAAACCAGUUCUGAUCAGUCCAUAGACUUGCCCACAAAUGCCAGUGGUUUGGGGUAUUAAAUUAUGAUACUCUAAUACUUUCAACAAUAAAUUUAAAAAAAUAAAAAAUUAUGAUACUCUUCAAAUUGAUCUAAGUAUACAGAACUUAGAUUUCAUGCUUUUACAAUUUGAACCAAGAAAGAUGCUCUAGAAUUUAAAUAAGUUUUCUUAUUAGUAAUUCAAGGUUCUAUAAACAUUAAAUAAUGUAUGCUCAUAUUACUGUGUUUCCAUGUGUAUCUUCUCAAAGGUGGGCAUAAGGGAAGGAAGGGGCUGCCAGAGAGGUCCAAGGGCAGCUGCCAAGGGCACGUCAGCUGUGUCCAUGCUUCCCUUGGAGCUGUCUUUUCUUUGUUUUAAAUAAAAUAUCUGGAGCCACAUAUUGAA